AUGAGACCAGAAAUCCACGUGUCCGGCGAUGACGUCGAGAUGGUCACCCAGCUCAAGAACUAUCUCACAAAGCGUCUCAAGUACCUGCUCGAUAUGCCAGGAACCAUUGGCAUCGGUGUCAGCGGCGGAUCGAUGCCCCCGAUCUUCACGAAAGCCUUGUUCGCAUGUGACGCAGAUCUCCUCAACUGGAAGCGAAUUCGAAUUUUUAUGGUCGACGAGCGAUACGUGGAUAAGGACGACGAGCAGAGCAAUCUGGGCACCUAUUUGAAGCUCUUCCCACCAGAACUUGCCUAUGUCUUCGUGCCAAUCCCGAUUUGCAAUGAUCUAAGUCUCACUGCUAGACUCUACGAGGACAACCUCCGCAGAAUUCUCCUUCCCGAGCAAAGUGGCACCAGCCCUCGCUUCGAUUUGCUGUUCCUUGGAUGUGGACCCGAUGGGCAUACUGCCAGUCUCUUCCCAGGAGAUCGUGCAGAACACGUCACUGAAUACGGAUGGGUUGGAGUCGUUCAGGAUUCGCCGAAACCGCCCAAAACUCGAAUCACGCUGUCUUUUGCGUCUUUGAAGUUCGCCAAACACUCUGCCUUCAUCAUUACCGGAGCACCGAAAGCCCAUGUGGUCAGAGCGAUUUGGGAUCGCGACAACACUCUUCCGGCGUCGAUGGCGCGCCCGUACAACGAUCGAUUGACGCUGUUUGUGGAUGAGGCUGCGGCGAAGAGCUUGCCGUCACGUGAUAGCUCAGAGGAAUCGGAUUCUAGAAGCCCACAGCCGUUUGAUUGA